AUGUUUACCCAACGUCGUCUCAACCCCAACGAGCAUCAAAUGUUAAAUGAAUCAAACCACCUUUGCGAGGCUUUUGCCAUUACUGAGUCCAUAUUGGCACGCUAUCAACGCACCAACAAGACACUUUCUGCUUCCGAAAAGAAUGCGUUUGCCUCAGUGUUGUUACGGGCACCACAAGAUGUUCUUGCUGAAAUCAUUGAAUCGUUGGGGUACAUGAACGUUCCAUCGCCGCAACCAACAAAUGAUUUUUCAUCGCUAAUGGAGUGUGCACUUGUUCUUGGUAAACCCCUUAAAGACAUCUUUCAGUGCCUAAACAAGGCGCUUUACAAUUCUCUUGGUUCCUCCAGAUCCCUCGUGUAUUAUAAGGAUCCAACUGAUAACCUGUUAAGGGACCCCGUAUACGGAACGGCAGCGACAAUUGACGAAACAACGCCACUCGGCAAGGCGUUUAUCGCUGGCAUAGAAUACAACAUUGCCGGCACACUCUAUAUACCACUCAGCUACGAAGGUGAUGUGAUAGGAUGCGUAGAGAGUGUAUGGGGGCACAAUGAUCAAGGUCAAAAGCGACAACUCAGGGACACCCUUCAAUUUAUUGCAUAUGCCGUACACAACGCCAUCGAGUCGGAACGACUGAGCUGGAACAAAGAAAAGGCAGAGGCCAUGCUGACAAUGGCAAUGCAGCUCGCUCGUGACAAUCUAGACGAGGCCGUGCUUGCAAACUCGAUCAUGAACACCGCCAAGGCACUGACUGAAAGCGAUCGCUGCAGUAUCUUUCUUGUCAAGGAGGAUACACUAGAGGCCCACUUUGAAGAUGGCAAUAUUGUCAUCACCCCGAUUGGUGCGGGUAUUGCGGGAUUUGUGGCCCAGACAGGUGAAAUCGUUAACAUUUCUGACGCGUAUGCCGACGAUCGAUUUAACCGCGAGGUGGAUAAGGCGACUGGAUACCGCACCAAGACGAUUCUCUGUAUGCCUGUGAUGUAUGAGGGUUCGAUUGUGGCCGUCGCCCAGCUGAUCAACAAGCUGGACAUGGUGACCGAGGGCGGCCUGAGGCUGCCACGCACCUUCGGCAAACGUGACGAGGAGCUUUUCCAGACCUUCUCUAUGUUUGCAGGUGCCUCUCUGC